AUGUCUACCCAACAGGUGCCAGCGAAGGACGAACCGGUCACAACAUCCAUUGCCAAGUCCGCCGAACCAUCAUCGCUAGACAAAUCCGUCAAAACAUCCAUCAUCAUUUUAUCAGACACUCAUGGCAUGACCCUCGACGGGAGGGUUCUGAGCCAGGUCGCAGACGUCUGUAUUCAUGCGGGAGAUUUGACUGAACAAUCAUUAUUAGAAGAAGUUCGGACCACAAUCGCGCUACUAUGCAGGAUCAAAGCGCCGCUAAAGCUCGUUAUUGCCGGAAACCAUGAUUUUACACUCGACACCUUGAGUUUUCAGAAGAAACUCCAGGCAAUCCAGCCACCUCUCGAACCAGAUCUAGUGAAGAAAUCUUACGGCGAUUAUGAAGAAGCCAGGCAGCUACUCAUUGACGCAAAGGAGGAGCAUGGCAUCCACCUGCUUAACGAGGGAACGCACGCCUUCGAGUUGCAUAAUGGCGCCAAACUCCGCGUGUACGCCAGUCCGUACACGCCAUCCCUAGGUGAUUGGGGCUUUCAGUAUCACCCGAAUAUAGGUCACGACUUCGCUAUCAAAGACGGGACUAAUAUUGUUAUCACUCAUGGGCCACCGCGGGGCAUUCUGGACCGCACUGAUUCCCGAGAGCGAGCCGGGUGCCCAGACCUCUUUGCGGCCGUGGCCAAGGUAAAACCACAGAUACACUGCUUCGGGCAUAUUCACGAAGGGUGGGGUGCGAAGAUGGUCGCUUGGAGAAGAAGAUUAAGCGACAAGCCGUCUUUUCUUUCGGAUAUUGACAACACAGCCUCCUAUGUCAUUGAGCAGCUCAGUACACUUCACGAGACCAUGUUCGAUACCUCCGAAGAUGCCAACUGCAAGAAGGCGAAACUUGAGAGAUACACAGCGCAGAAGUACUGCAGCGCAAGCUGUUCCGAGAAGGAUGUUGGCAAGACGUUGUUUGUGAACGGGUCCAUCAAAGGCGACUCCUACGAGGAUCUCCAUUUACCUUGGCUUGUGGACGUCCUGCUGCCACGGGAGUCGCAUUUAGUAUCGGUUACUGACCACUUGAUCAAUGCUGAUUCUGCCUCCUCAAGUGGCUCUGGCUUUGGCACGGAAGGGGCUACCCUUACCACGCAUGUCAGCAAGAAGCGUGCUUUGGAUUGCGAACAGCCAUCAGAUGCGGAAUCACAGCGGGAGCAAGCUAGGAAAAAGACGUGCCCUGAGAGCGACUAA